GGCCCGGUUUUCCCCUUCCCCCGCCGCCCGCUCUACUGCUCCGCCCACCCCGUCGUCUCGCCGCCUUCCAUUCGGCCGCUCCCUUUUUUAGCUCGCAGCGCAGGCCCCCCGGAACGGCCAACAAAUCCCUAAUUUCCCACGCGUUUCCGCCCCGCCGCCUCCGAAUCCCAGUGUUGAUUCUCUCCUGGCUGGAUCGAUCGAGGUCGCGGGAGGAUCGAUGGACGAGUUCGAGCUCGAGGAUAACCUAGAGUUCAUCCUCCAGAGCAUCCAGGAGCUCAUAGACGACCAGGGCGACGACAACCCCUUCGGCGAGGUCAACCAGAACGAGCUCCUCGCCAACCUCGUCAACUAUGACCAGGAUAACUUGAUGCCCGACGUGUCCGCCCAGGACGUUGCCAACGGCAAGGACGUGCAGGGGAUCCCCUGGGAGAAGAUGCUCUUCCCCAGGGACCAGUACAGGGAGAUGAAGAUGAGGAGCUACAAGAACUAUCAGAAUCUAAGCUAUGCCCGCGAGGAUGCCGUCGAGCACUGCAAACAUGUGGAGAAAGAUAGCCCUUACUAUGAUUUCCAGUACAACACAAGGCGUGCUCGGCCAUCAAUUGUGCAUUUUCAGUUGAGGAAUUUGGUCUGGGCAACAAGCAAGCAUGAUGUUUAUACAGUACACAAUCAGUCUUUGACACACUGGUCAUCACUGGACCAGAUAAGCACUGAGCUAAUUAAUGGUGAUGAUUGCAUUAUACCGAAACAGAGGGGGCAUGGUUCACAAUCUGUCUCCAUGGUCCAGUUCACAACUAUGGCUGUAGAUAAGGAUUUACUGGUACUUGGUGGUUUUCAAGGGGAGCUUAUAUGCAAGCGACUGGAAGAUGAUGGGAUUGUUUUCAGCACGAGAGUUACAGAGGACGAGAAUGCCAUAACCAACUCUUUAGAGAUCUACGAGGAUCCCAAUGGUUCAAGAAGGUUGGUUGCUGCUAAUAAUGACUGCUCUGUCAGAAUUUUUGACACAGAGUACUUCGACCUCCUGAACCACUAUGUCUUCCCAUGGUCUGUGAAUAGUGUUUCGGUGAACCCUGAUGGAACACUCUUUGCUGUCCUUGGUGAUCAUGAGGAUGGCUUGGUAUUUGAUCCCAAGUGUGGUAAGGCGAUUGGUAAACUUACAGGGCAUUUGGAUUACUCCUUCUCAUCUGCCUGGCAUCCAGACGGCAAUAUCUUGGCUACUGGAAGUCAAGACACAACAUGCCGGCUGUGGGACAUUAGAAACCUAUCACAGUCCUUAGCUGUCCUCGGUGGAAGGCUAGGCUCGAUACGCUGUAUCAAAUUCUCUUCAGAUGGGCGCUUCUUGGCAACCGCAGAGCCUAUAGAUUUCGUCCAUAUCUAUGACUGUUUUGCUGAUUAUGGCAAAUCUCACGAGAUAAACUUUUUCGGUGAGAUAGCGGGUUUGUCUUUCAGCCCAGACACGGAGGCUUUCUAUAUUGGGGUAGCAGACCAAACAUAUGGAGGCCUCAUGGAGUUCAGCAGGAGGCACCAGCAUCAUUACUUGAACUGCCUGUGGUGAUCUCUUUUAUGUAGCACAGUUUUCCUUUGCAAUCCCUUCAGUUGGGAUUGAUUGGUCGUUUGGCUGUGCUGCAAAAUCUGCAUGGAUAUAGUGAAGGUAGAGAAAAUUCAUUGAAGCAGUGUGCGAUGAGCGGUUCGCUGCAGCUCCUCGGGCUACUCCAGAUAAAUGAUCUGGAGCUGUAUAAAUUUCUGUCCAUUUAAUUUCUAUCAUUUUGUCUGGAUUAACUUGUUUCUGUUUAGGAACUGGUGGAAUAUAGUUCAAUGUAUAGCCUUUUAUUCCAUUUCACCAAAUCAAUGUACAUAGUCGAUGCUUUAUCUGGACGGUGGCUUUCCCGUUCUUUAUAUGUCUAUAACGUUACAUUC